GGGUGGCCCUAAUGUCUCCUACAUUGUACAUCAGUGAACUAUAGGUUAUUCAUUCAGACACCCACAGUCAGUGCAAGAGAACUUUUGAUGAGUAUGGUCAGCCAACACCUGAUAUUCUUUGUUGAACCUCGACCUACACAACUAAUAUUAAUACUUGGUUAUUAUCAACUGACAAAGACUACAGAAGAGUUUGCACAUGUUUUUCCACAUCAAACACUUUUUUCCUGCUUCUCAUCUCCAAACAAACUGUCUUCCUGUGUAAUGUCCUGCCCUGAUCUUCUGUUUGAAAAUUUUUAGGAUUCUGAUACUCCUCCAUUUCUCUUGUUACAGGAAGUUUGUGAAGACAUGAUUAAUAAAAUUAUGGCAGAAAUCACAGAACGGACCACUGCUGGAAGGAUCACUUCUGAUGUCAAUUGCCUUCCUAUCUCUUCAUCUAGUGGGGGCAAACCUCACAUUGGCCUGGUUGUUGAUGGAAAAACUUUAGAAUUUGUGCUGCAUGAAAGUCUGCAAGAUAUGUUUCUGGAACUUACUAAACGAUGCUGUGCUGUUAUAUGCUGCAGAUCAACACCAUUGCAGAAGAGCAAGGUUGUCCAUCUAGUGCGCACUAAGCUGAAAGUCAUGACUCUAGCCAUAGGUGAUGGUGCCAAUGAUGUCAGUAUGAUUCAGGUGGCUGAUGUAGGAAUAGGAAUUUCUGGUCAGGAAGGGAUGCAGAUGGCUGCUUCUUUAUAAUCUGAAAUUGGGUCCUAGAGAAAGCUAGUUUUUUAAAGUAACCACCAC